AAUCAAUAAGGGGAUUUGCCUCACAGAACAUUCAGUAGAAAAACCCACUUUCGGGGGAAAGCUCCCCUUAUGUAUGGAGAUGUCAAAUAUUUCGUGUUUUGCUGAAGGGGGGGACGUUCACCAUGUGCUGAUUUAUCUGCAUGGUUUCGUUUCUUUCCUCUCCUGAAGUCUUACCCUUUAGUAAUGCGGCCAUGUUGUGUGCAGUAGAAGAGAAUUAUGUGCUGCUCAGCUGGCUCUGCUCUUUUUUGCCUCCAUUUGAAAUGUGACAUUUGUUCCAUUGCCUAAAUUAUUUCAGAGCAGGCUGAAAGUGAUUCGUCCAAGGCCAGCAUGUAGAAAUGUUCUGUACUGUCGUAGUGCGUAAUUGAGCUUGAGUUUGAAGAUGUUAUGAAACACAGUGGUGUUCUGCAUCAAGAAGUUUUUUUUUUUUUUUUACUGUAAAGCUAAUAGGCAUUUUCAAUAAGAAUGUGGAUGUUGGUCAUGUUUGAUGGGUGUGUGGUAAAUGAAGUUGUGUCCUUCCUACCUCACCUGUUUUGGUCUUAUGUGUGCAGGGCGGCCCGGCUCUGACGAUGGAGAAUGGACAGAGCACUGGCUCAAAACUCGGCCUGCCACCUCUCACGCCCGAGCAGCAGGAGGCGCUACAGAAGGUGAGGAACGGGACGGAGGCAGCAUUAUUUUGGUUCAGCUUAGCAAAGAAGUAUGCGAUGGAGCAGAGCAUCAAGAGUGUCCUGGUCAAACAAACCCUUGCCCAACAACAACAACAGAUAAACAACAUACAGAUGGCAUCAUUGUCAAUGGGCUUUGGAGAUCCCCUCUCACCAUUACAAUCGGUGGCAGCACAGCGGCAACGAGCCUUGGCCAUCAUGUGCCGCGUGUACGUGGGCUCCAUCUACUACGAGCUGGGCGAGGACACCGUCCGCCAGGCCUUUGCAGCCUUCGGCCCCAUUAAGAGCAUUGACAUGUCCUGGGACUCUGUUACAAUGAAACAUAAGGGUUUUGCAUUUGUGGAGUAUGAGGUACCAGAGGCUGCUCAGUUAGCCCUGGAGCAAAUGAACUCAGUCUUGCUUGGUGGGAGGAACAUUAAAUGUGGAAGACCUAGCAACAUCGGUCAAGCUCAACCAAUCAUUGACCAGUUAGCAGAAGAAGCGCGAGCCUUCAACAGAAUUUAUGUGGCCUCUGUCCACCCAGACUUGUCAGACGAUGACAUUAAGAGUGUCUUUGAGGCCUUUGGAAGAAUCCUAUCCUGUUUAUUAGCACGGGACCCCACUACAGGAAAACAUAAAGGUUAUGGAUUCAUAGAGUACGACAAGCCGCAGUCGUCGCUGGACGCAGUGUCCUCUAUGAACCUCUUUGACCUGGGCGGGCAGUACCUGCGCGUGGGCAAGGCCGUGACGCCGCCCAUGCCCCUUAUGACCCACACCAAUCCCGGCGGCCUCCCUCCAGCGGCCGCUGUGGCAGCCGCCGCUGCCACCGCCAAAAUUACCGCACAGAUGGCAUGGAAUCUGUCCCAGCCGGAGAAUCGAACAGAAGACUUCCUACACUGUCUGGAAGCGGUGGCGGGCGCUCAGAUCCUGGGGGCGAUGACUGGUUGCCAGACAGGCCUGGCCCUGCCUCAAGCAGUUAUGGCUGCGCAAGCUCCGGGAGUCAUCACAGGGGUGACUCCAGCCAGGCCGACAAUGCCCGUGCUCCCCCAGGUGGGACUGGUGAACCCGGUGCUGUCCUCGCCGCCGUCGAUGGCCUCGGCUGUAGCGGCCGCACAAGCCUUAGUCCAAGAGGCCAGGAAGGAAGAGGAGGAGGCACGGGAGGCCCUGGAAGGCACGGGGCAGGAGAUGUUGAGCGAGCAGGAGCACAUGAGCAUCUCUGGCAGCAGCGCCCGGCACAUGGUCAUGCAGAAGCUGCUCCGAAAACAAGAGUCCACAGUCAUGGUGCUUAGGAACAUGGUGGGCCCGGAAGACAUCGAUGAUGAGCUUGAGGGCGAAGUAACGGAGGAAUGCGGCAAGUUCGGCGCUGUGAACCGAGUCAUCAUCUACCAGGAGAAGCAGGGUGAGGAGGAGGGCGCUGAGGUCAUAGUAAAGAUUUUCGUGGAGUUCUCUCUUGCAGCAGAGAUGAACAAGGGCAUCCAGGCACUCAACAACCGCUGGUUUGGAGGGCGCAAGGUCAUUGCGGAAGUCUAUGACCAGGAACGAUUUGACAACAGCGAUCUCUCAGCAUAGACACUGCAAUCCUGCCCUUCCUCCCACAAACCCUCCCCCUCUACUGCUAUCAAACACAGCUGCCAAGCACUGCUCUGUCAGUGGUGCUGGCCCCACUUUUUAACUUGUAAUUAUUUUUUAUCAAUGUUCAUAUUAAUAUUAUUAAUGAUCCCUUUUGGGGACAAAGGCAAGUAAUGGAGAUGCUCAUGGAUUUUUUUUUUUUUAUUACUGUUGCCUACUGUGAAGGACUGGAUAUUUGUUUUUGUAUUGGUUUGUUUUCUUUGUUUCUGUUUUUGGCUCCCUUAUAAUUAUACUUUCAAUUCGGUUACAUUGUCUCUUUUUAUGAUCUGAAAGUUGACUCCAGAGGACUCCUAUCUUGCUAUAUAGCUCUGUUUCAGUUGCCCAGGAACAAUAAAUUCUCCAAGUAUGAA